CUUGCACGUUUUUGUGACUACACAAAACCGGACUGAGCCAGCUUCAGGACGUGAACUUGUUUAUCUGCGGGUCUUCUACAAUGGAGAACUCGACAUGCCUCGUGGCUGCAGCGGAACGUUAGCCACCACCGUAACCAACAUUUGGUUAUCUGAAAUGGAUGAAAGCGGUCUCAUUUUACGACGACGCUGGCAGUCGAAGUAAAGUCUGUCAUUCAGGAGUGGGUCAGGAGGCGAGGCUCUUACUGGCUGUGUGGUGAGAUUGUAGACCUGUAGGCAGAAUGGGGGAGCGGGCCGUCAGUGUUCCAGCGGCUUCGAUCUCUCCAGUGCAGCAGAUGCUGGCCUCUGGCACUGGAGCCCUCCUCACCUCUGUAUUUGUCACACCACUGGAUGUUGUGAAGAUCCGGCUGCAGGCUCAGCAGGCACCAUUUCACCAAACUUUACCGUGUAAACCAGCUUCAUGGAGUGGCGUCACCCGCCCUUCCAAAUGGAAAUGUUUCCUGUAUUGUAAUGGACUCAUGGAUCACAUCUAUAUUUGUCAGAACAGAACUAGUUUCACCAGCUGGUACAAAACACCAAUGCAUUUCAGUGGGACUCUUGAUGCUUUUGUGAAGAUCACUCGUUAUGAAGGGCUCAGGUCUCUGUGGAGUGGGCUGCCACCAACAUUGGUUAUGGCUGUCCCUGCUACUAUUAUCUACUUCACCUGCUACGAUCAGCUGCGGGACUUUCUGAGAUAUGGCCUGGGUUUUCAGGGCAGCCAUAUCCCUCUUGUUGCUGGUGGUUUAGCCAGAUUGGGGGCUGUGACAGUAAUCAGCCCUCUGGAGCUAGUCAGGACUAAGAUGCAAUCCCGCCGGCUGUCGUACAGUGAGCUGCGAGUGUGUAUCCGCUCUGCUGUGGCACAGGAUGGCCUGCUGUCCCUGUGGAGAGGCUGGGGACCCACUGUUCUCCGAGAUGUGCCCUUUUCUGCUUUGUACUGGUUUAACUAUGAACUGGUGAAGAUGCAGUUGUGUGAACAGUCUGGAAUGUCUCAGGCCAACUUCUCCAUCAGCUUUACUUCAGGAGCUAUCUCUGGGGCUAUUGCUGCAAUCCUGACACUUCCUUUUGACGUAGUGAAGACACGGCGACAGAUCCAGCUGGGAGAGAUGGAUUCUCAGGGAGUUUCUUUUAAGAAAACUACAUCCACCUGGCACAUAAUGAAGGAAAUAUGGGCAGAGUUGGGCUACAGGGGCCUUUUUGCAGGUUUUAUGCCCAGGGUGAUCAAAGUGGCCCCGGCAUGUGCUGUUAUGAUAAGCACCUACGAGUUUGGAAAAGCUUUUUUCCAAAAGAUGAACGUUGAUCGAGAACGACUGACAUCCUGAAGGCUGCAUCUGCAGCACUUUGAUUUCUUAGUGGCAGAAGCACACAGAGACGCUAUUAUCAGGACAUUUAGGAGUCUUCCUAAGCAGAAGCUUGAGGAACAAGAGGAUUGAAUUCAAUAUUGUGUAAACACUUUAGGAUGCUGCUACCUGAGGCUUGAGAAACCUAAAGUGCUUGAACAAUCUGGUUAGUGAAAGACACUUCAGGACCACAGACUUUGUGGUAUUUAAAGAUACCUUGAAAAGAGAUAAAGAAACCAUUUUAUCACUGAUAUGGAUCACACCGCAGGAUGUUUGGGGCCUGAAAGUUGCAGGUUCAGUACUACUACAGUGUCAUGAAGACUGAUGUUCAUAAAGACGCUGACUGUUUUCACUCUUGACAUGUUCGGCAUUGGCAUUUGAAUAAUAGAAUGACACAAUUAUUGAUUUAUGUCACGGACAUUUGUAUAAUGAUAAAUGUUUGAUGGAAGUUUUCUCGCAGAACUGUAAUUGCAUGAAUCAUUGGGAAAUGUUCUCAUUCCUGCUUGAGACAAACUGCAUGGUGUGAACAGCUCCACUCAACAGAGAAGCUAGUUAAUAAGCUGGUCUAUCCUACAUUGCUAGAGCAGUAGGGCUUAACACUUGAGAUUCAUCUACUGGAGAAAAUAUUUACAAAUCUGUUUAUUUUCAAGUUAGAUCUGUCUAAUUGUAGCACUUAAUGUUUGCAACAGGAGUUUUGAAAUGUGAAUUUAAAAAAAAUACAUACAGGUUUGUGCAUUUGAAUGUAGAGAAAAGCCACAAGGGACAUGCAACGUCUGAUGGCAAAGGUAAACCAUUGUUUUCAUCCAGUCUUUUUUUUUUAUUUUAGGAUAUGAAUGCACUCAGUUUGGAACUUAUUACAUUUAUCUUAAAAGUAAUAAAGUUAAGAGCCUGGCAAUACAUUCAAUUUGGUGAGGUGAUAAUAGCUUUAGUAGCUUUACAGAAAUGUUGAUUCCAUUAUAUAUUGUUUUUGGUAAAUAUACUUUGCCAAGUGCCAAUUAAUAUAUAUGUCCAUUAUGAUUUACUGAAAUUCACCUAAAACCUAAAUGCUGUAGUGCAGUUUGACAGCACCACAAACUGAAUUAUGUAAACCAAAUCAACAUAUCAUUAAAACCACUAAAUAUUUUCUGCUACAUAUGCAUGCAUUUUAGAUAAAUUGUUACUAAUAAACUGGUCUCUGAGUGUAUAAGCAGAAAUUCAUGGACAUCUGUAAGUUAAAUACAUUUUAAGUUUUGCCAGAACACAUGCCACCAUUAUAUGUUGUUACUGGACCAUAAGGCAGGACAUUAACCUCAAAUGUGUAAAUAACUGUCUGUCUUUUUUUAAUGAAUGAAAACAAUAAAUGUUUUAAAAUGUAA